AUCUGUAGGUCAGUCAAGCUUUGGUGUUGCUCUAUAUUCAUGGCUGGCCUUAGAGAGCUCUAAGGCCUGAUCCAUUGCUCAAGGUUGCCUGUGCAAGGAUUGGCUGCAGCGUGGGAGCGUGAUUGUCAGACUUCAAGACAGGAAUUGAUUAGCACAAGUGUGCCUCGGGGACGUGGCAGGCGGCUGCUAAAUAGCUGCCUGCUUGGCUGUUGCACCCUUCUAGUGACCAGGUGAGGUGCCAGUAAGGUGCAAGCAGAAGGCACGGGACGCUUCAGAUAAGAAAAUACAGCAGAAAAUGGCCACUUCAUGGACAAGACUGUCCUCUAUCCAAAAAAUCGCGUUGGGCCUUGGAAUCGCAGCAAGUAAAGCAAUUGCCCUCGUCCUAAACCGCCGAUACAGGGAAAGCAGAGAAGAACGAUUGACAUUUGUUGGAGAAGACAAUAUCAAGAUAGAGAUGCGAGUUCCCCAGGAGGAUGUGAAGCUGAUCAUUGGUCGACAAGGAGCCAAUAUUAAACAGCUGAGGAAACAGACAGGCGCUCGGAUUGACGUGGACACAGAGAAUGUAGGUGAUGAGCGAGUGCUGCCUAUCAGUGGCAUUCCUGUUCAGGUGUACAAAGCCAAAGCAGCAAUCCAUCAGAUCCUGAGGGAAAAAAAACACCCUGGUGUUUAAGCAACUCUUAGUCCCCCAGCGAUCUGUGGGCAGAAUCAUAGGGAGACGUUGGCCUGGAAUAUGUUAUGUAGGCAAAGGUUGCAUGGAAUUCAAAGAGAUCCUACUGCUCCUGCCU